AUGCGUCCAUCAAAGGGCGCAGUGCCAUCUAUCCGGACGCUCAGCUCGUCAACUACACCACCUCGAGAGAUGAGCACCACGACAGCGACGGUCCUCGCGGCCGACAUUAUGGAGAUGCAAGCACCAGCAAACGUCUCCUCUCGCCCGCUCGGCAAACAGAUCAGGACCUCAUUGGACUCGCCAUCCGCGAGCCGCAGUUCAGAUAUUGAGGUCUCAUCUACUGACCAACCCCAAAAGCCAUCCAAUAUCCGUACUUUCUUCACCAUCUUUACACCAGCAUUCGCAGGCUUUUGUGCUAGCUUCACAAAUGGUGUCAUCACCGUCGGUCUACCUGUCAUUGCGCGGUCGAUCUCACUGGAACGCUCGCUAUAUCUCUGGCCUUCGUCUGUAUAUGGCUUGACAUCAGGUGCUGCUCUACUCAUCGCCGGCUCAAUUGCCGACAUCGUAGGCGCGAGGACGAUCGAACUGAUCGGUAUCACACUUCUUGGUGUCUUCUCGCUAGUAUGCGGUUUCUCGCAAACAGGAGCUCAACUGGUCGCAUUUCGUGCGCUUCAGGGAAUAGCACUAGCUAUGCACCUCCCUGCUUCUGUUGCCCUCAUCACCGGCGCUGUCCCCUCUGGUAGAGCUCGAAACUUGGGUUUCGCAUGCUUAGGCUUCAGUCAACCUUUAGGCUUUGCCAUGGGUCUCGUUCUUAGCGGUGUUAUGAUCGAGAAAGCUGGAUGGCGCUCCGGUUUCUACCUCUCAGGAAGUUGCACCCUUGCCAUCGCUGUCGCCGCCCUCUGGACGCUGCCAAAACUCAAGACACAACAUGAGGGCACGAAGGCUACAUGGAAGAAGAUGAAAAACGAAAUCGAUUGGAUUGGCGGCCUACUCUCAAGCUCCGGCCUCGCUAUCCUAGCAUAUGUCCUGGCUAUCCUCAGCGCUGACCUGACCUCCAUUCGCACUCCAUUGACUCUAUCCCUCCUGAUUCUGAGUGCUAUAUUACUGACCGCAUUCCCAUUCUGGAUGCGGUACCGUACUCUGCACAACCGCUCUGCCCUUGUCCCAAACAAGCUAUGGCGCAACACCCCAUUCACGGCCACCUGCAUUAUGGUCGCCAUCUCUUCUGGCGUCAUCAACUCUAUCGAACUCUUCUCUUCACUCUAUUUCCAAGAAAUCCAACACGCCUCCACCCUCACCACAUCGCUCUACCUUCUGCCCAAUCUUGCAACGGGCGUCAUUAUCAACAUCUUCGUCGGCAUAUACGUGCACAAGCUUCCGGCACGAUGGCUCGUCACCAUCAGCGCAGUCGUAUGCGCACUGAGUCCAUUGUUCAUGGCGGUUAUGAAGCCCACAUGGAACUAUGGGUACAUGGCGUUUUGGGCACAAGUAUUUGCGCCGUUCUCAGCAGACGUGCUGUACACAGUCGGUCUCAUUAUCGUUUCUGACAGCCUCCCGGAGGAGACGCAGGCAUUAGCGGGAGCGGUCUUCAACACAUUGUCACAAUUUGGGAUGAGUCUGGCUAUGGGCAGUUGUCAGGUUGUUGCAUUGGGGGUACAGGGCAAAGAAGACGGAAACACUGGAGCCGAUGGAGACGGCGCGUUUGAACAAUCGAGUGACGGGUUACUGAAGGGAUACAGAGCGAGCUACUGGCUGAUGUUCAGCUACAUGGUGGUUUGCGUGUGCAUCGCAGUGGUAGGUCUGAAGAAGGCAGGCACGGUCGGCUUGAAGAGGGAGUAA